UAUCUCUUCCUCCGUCGUCUCCUCGGUGCAAGAUUUAAGUCCUAAGCCUAACCCUAACUCCCAACCCGGAGAUCAGCCCCAAGAACGCUGGCCGGGGCUCGAUGGAUGAACCCGAAGGAUCCCUCAACUUCGAUUUUGAGGGCGGCCUCGAUGUCGCCGCCCCUUCCGUUGCGGCGGUGGCGACCUCUGGUCCCCUCGCGCCGUCUGACCCCACCGCCGCUGCGGCGAGCGCGGGAGCCUCCUCUCCCUCUGGCACGGCCGAUCGGAUGGCCGUCGCAGGCGGGAACGUUUCCGGGAGGCGGAGCUUCCGGCAGACGGUGUGCCGCCACUGGCUGCGUGGCCUUUGUAUGAAGGGCGAUGCUUGCGGCUUCCUCCACCAGUACGACAAGGACCGGAUGCCGGUGUGCCGCUUCUUCCGGCAGUACGGAGAGUGCCGCGAGCAGGACUGUGUUUACAAGCACACCAACGAGGACAUCAAGGAGUGCAAUAUGUACAAAUUUGGUUUCUGCCCCAAUGGACCUGAUUGUCGGUAUCGUCAUGCCAAACUUCCUGGGCCUCCUCCUCCUGUUGAAGAAGUUCUCCAGAAGAUACAGCAACUGAAUUCUGCUUAUGGGUCUUCAAACAGAUUUUAUCACCACAGAAACAAUAACAAUAGUUAUAACCAACAACCAGAUAAGAAUCAGUUGUCAUCAACUCCUGGGUUACCUAAUCAAAAUACAGGAGUCAAACCAGUUUCUUCAUUUGAACCAUCAGAUGUAAAGCUGCCUCAGUCGCUAGUGCAGCAGUCCGAGCAGCAGCAGCAGCAGCAGCAACAACUGCCAAUUCCAUCAUUGGAGAACCAGGUCCCAAGUAUUUCAAAUGCCUUGUCGAAUCAAACUGUUAGAACUGCAUCUCCACUCCCUCAGGGACAAUCUAGGUAUUUUAUUGUAAAAAGCUGCAAUCGGGAAAAUCUGGAAAUAUCUGUUCAGCAGGGUAUGUGGGCAACUCAAAGAAGCAACGAGGCAAAACUUAACGAAGCAUUUGAGUCCACAGAGAAUGUUAUUUUGAUAUUCUCAAUCAACAAAACUCGCCAUUUCCAGGGAUGCGGUAAGAUGACAUCUAGGAUUGGUGGAUUUGUUGGUGGAGGGAACUGGAAAUAUUCUCAUGGAACUGCACAUUAUGGUCGAAACUUUUCAGUUAAAUGGUUGAAGCUCUGUGAGUUGUCCUUCAAUAAAACUCAUCAUCUCAGGAACCCAUAUAAUGACAAUCUCCCGGUGAAGAUAAGUCGAGACUGUCAAGAGUUGGAGCCUUUUAUUGGUGAACAGUUGGCUUCACUGCUUUAUCUCGAGCCAGAUAGUGAGCUCAUGGCUAUGCUGGUAGCUGCAGAAUCCAAACGUGACGAGGAAAAGGCCAAGGGAGGUGGUGCAGAUGAGGCAACAGAUAAUCCAGAUAUAGUUCUGUUUGAGGACAAUGAGGAAGAAGAAAGUGAGGAAGAAGAAAGUGAGGAAGAUGAUGAAAGCGGCCAAGCUGCACACGGGAGAGGAAGAGGACGAGGGAUGAUGUGGCAGCCACACAUGCCACUGGUACGUGGAGGAAGACCUAUGCUCGGUGUUCGUGGCUUCCCUCCUAUAAUGAUGGGGGCUGAUGGAUUUGGUUAUGGUGAUGGUUUCUCUACACCAGAUCUUUUUGGUCCCCGAAUUUUUCCACCGUUUGGUGGCCCGAGAUUUUCUGGUGAUUUUUCAGCAGGCUUGGUCUUUUCUGGUAGGCCCCCACAGCCAGGGGCUGUUUUCCCAAUGGGUAACAUUGGGAUGAUGAUGGGUCCUGGUCGGGCUCCAUUUAUGGGUGGCAUGCCAAUGGCUGGGAUGGGUCGGGCAAAUCGUCCUGUCGGAGUCCCACCUUUCCUACAUCAGCCUCCAGCUCCUCCACUGAACAGUCGGGCUGCAAAGAGGGACCACAGGAGACCAGUUAGUGAUAGAAAUGAUCGGUAUGAGACUGGAUCUGAUCAGGGCAACAGGAGCCAGGUGAUGGCUGGGGCUGUCGGUGGAGCAGAUGAUGACGGUGCAUAUUGGCAAGGUGAAAGGGCUUCCGACCAUAAAUAUGGCCCAGGAAAAAGUUUCCAAAAUGAGAGUGAGAAGAGCAUGGAUGAGAUGGCACCAAGACGAUCGAGGCAUAGCGAUGGAAAGUGGAAGCGCCAUGUGUCCGAAGGGGAAACUACUCUAGAGUAGUUGGACAGGCCAUCAAUUCAGUGUGAAAAGCAUUAAGGUUGCAGCAUCCUGCUCACAGAUUUUUGUGGAGAUCUGUCUCGAUUGUUUCUCCGUUUCUUUCCAUCAUUGUUUGUAAUGUUUAUACUACAAUGAUGAUCUGUCUUGGGGUAUGUUGAGAAAGAGUUGGAACUAAACUUAGAGUUACUUAGAGGAUGUGUAUGUGUACAAAUUAGUGUUACUUAGAGGAUGUCAGGCCUGCAGGAAUAACUGAAACAAUCACUUACUCUAUUUAGAACCCUGUGCAGAAUACAAGCAUUUGAACUACAAUUCUUUUUUA